AUGAUGUUAGCAACGUCGUCGAGACGCAAGCCCGACACCGACAAUACUGCAAAGAACACUCCAGAUAAGCCGAUCGGCGAUGUAGUUCAACAAACUGGGGAAGACGACGCAACCACCCUCCCCCUUACGGACGCCAGUAAAAGUAAAAUGACAUGGGACUUCGAUCAGGCCGACGUCUUUUGUUGGUAUGCCGCCUACUCUGAUUAUCUGUUACCUGUGGAAAGCAAAAUCGAUUGUUACAGCAGAAUCAACAAAUAA